CGUGCGCGUGCGCGCGUUCCACUUUCAAAUUCAAAAUCACGUUCGAAACAGCCAGUGAUAUUGUAGUGUUUAAGUUUAGUGUUUUUUAAUGGAAUAAUAUUGUGUUAAACCUUUUUGGUGGAACGGAAUUGGAGUUUCUAAUUAAAGAUCACCGCCUGUACUGAGAACUUCAAGAAAACUGUCAUCUCAUUCCUUUGAGAAGAUGUAGUGUUUCAACAUAUCUAUCUAAAGAACUAUUUCAUCCAUCCAUCCAUCAUCGAAAACCAUGACAAGAAACAGAGGAUACAACAAACAAUUAUGAUCAGACAUCGAAAGCUCUAGAUAAAAUCGAAGUUUCUGCACAAUUAUGAGAAUUCUAGAAAGUUCUAGAAGUAAUAGAAGGUGUAUAGGAAUGUGAUAAGGCUGUUCUAGAAGUAUUAGUCCAAGAUGUCGACGAGUAAUGAGUUGAGUGACUUGGAGACGCCGAAGCUUCGCAUGAAGCCGGCUGUCAGUCGGAUAUUCUGCUGCAGUGUCACUGCUGCUUCUGGUUUUGUUGCGGCAUAUGCUUUGGUGGCAUACGCGAUCGCCUUGAUAUACGAGAUAGUUUGGGUGGUGGAGUCCCAGAGCGGUCUGCCGCUGGCGUCCGCGCUGCUAAUGGUCUGCUACUGCAUCGUCAUCGCUGCCACCGUCGUACUGGUGCAUGGACUUAUUUCUAAAAACAACAGAUGCCUGCUGGCGUGGUUGAUAGCAGUCAUACUAGUUCUCAUACCGGAAUGUGCUCUAGUCUUCUACAUGUCUAUAAGUCAUUGGGGUCUACAAGGCGUAUACGGUGGCGCAGAGUUGGCAUGUUACGUGGCGCGACUGCCAGCCAUCGUGUGUGGAGUCGUGCUCGUACAGUCAGCGUAUGCACUUAGGGAAGCCAGGAAAGCCGGUUACGGUGCAGGCGCAGCAGUAAGCGGGAGCGAGUUCGACGCGAGCCACUACGUGCCAGACGCGCCUAAUGCUUUCACUAAUGACGGCUUCCUGCAAGACAACGGUAAAUCUGGCUCAAUGCCAGAUCUCCGUCGUCAUCUAGCAAGCCGCCAGUCAAUGAACCUCGGCUACCCACCGCAGAUGUUACCACAACCACCACCAGCGUACUGGCAACACCUUGCUGACAGACAAUACGCUGCCAGUCUCCGGGGCUACCCCAAGUCCUACCAAGCUCCACAGAUAUAUGGAACAUGGGUUGGACCCAGGUCGGGUCCCUACGACAACCCCUACAAACGAAGACAUUCCAUAGUAGGAGCUUUCCAAACUGACGAAUACCCACCAAAAGGUUACGAUUACGAAGACAGAAUGGAUUGUAAGAGUGAGAUAGCUUAUCCCUAUUAUCGGUCUUACCCCUACGAUCCGAGAGUUUACCCCCCUGAUUAUGACCCCAGAUUUUACCCUGAAUAUAAAAGGGAGGAUGCAGCGUAUGGUGUCAAUUUGCUAAGGCAUGAACCGUAUCAUUUUAGUGGCUCAAGAGAAAGAGUGUUCUACAGUAUGAGAAAUAGUCACACGUCUGUGGGAAACGAGUCGGAUGAUUUGACUAAAUAUAAGGAUGUUGCUUUGUAAAAAUAAAUUUUUAUUAAGUACUUAAAUCAGAUUUUCAUGUAUGUGGAAAUAAAUGUAGACUACUAAGUAUUAACGUUGAUCUCGACUAUUGAUCAAGGCAAUUGAGAAGUUGCAAGAAUAUUCGUCGAAAUUGGGUCAUCCGUUCGAGAACCGCGAGGCCAUAGACAGAGAGACUUUAUCGUCAGACUUAAAGAUAGCUCCCCUUUUUGCGUCAGGCGUUAAAAGCUAUCCGUCGCGUAUUUAAAGAAAACAUUUUUUUUAGGUUAAUUGUCCAAAAUCAGUUCAUUCAACGAUAAUGUGAUUGUUGUGGAUCCUGAAUUCAUUGACAGGGUCUAAUCAUUGAGGUUUUGUAUAGACUCUAAAGUUAGUUAAAUAAUCUCAGAGUUUAACAUAGUGGCGGUGUGUACUAUGUUAAUUCUAAACCAUUGAGAUUUUGUCUAUAGAAAUUGUCAUUAACCGAAUUUGUAUGUUUUUGAAGAAAUGCAAAAGAUUAAUAGUAAUAA